AUGGAUACAGUCACCCGUUUACCGACAUUCUCAAAAAUUACAGAAUUGGAUCAACGUUCAAAAAUAGACAGAGAGUGGAGAAAUCUGAUAUUAGCAGGUCCAUGUACGAUUAAUUUACUCGGUCAAUUGAUGGUUGUUAGUAGUAAAUUAGAUUUUCGUCUGGAUGAUAAUGAACCCAAAGGUGGGUUUCAGUAUAUCAAACAUCCAUCAUCAUUUCGUGCUACACUUGUGCAAAUUUCUCACGACGGUUAUAAAGCAUUCAUGUUUGCCCAUUCAUCAAUGAAUAAAAUUCAAAUGUAUAUGAAACAAAUUCCUGAACAUGUUACAACAGCAUUGGAAAUUAUAUCGACUGGCACUCCGCGCAUGUUAAAAACCAUAUUACCACAAUCAUUGAACUUUAUUGAAAGUAUCGGAAAAGAAUGUAUGAAAUUGGCAAAUGAUACACAUCAUAAAUUUGAAAUAACGCAAUAUCUAAUAUCCGAAGUAAUUUCAAGUACAGUUGCUGCCGAAAAAGUUAGCAUAGACAAGCGUGAUGAAAUAAUAAGAGAGAAAAACGAUGCAUUGUUAAAAAAAUCCUAUUUACAAAACAUAACAACAAUGGUCUAUCAACGUUACAACGAAACAAAAGUAAAUUUAGAAAAAGCUGAAGAAAGAUAUAAAAUAGCAAUGAAUGAAAUGCCAACAGGUUGGAAUGCAGUACGCAUGCGAAUGGUGCAACAUAUGGAUCAAACAACUAAAAUUCUUGUUGAUUCGUUACAGUCAUAUUUGGCAAUAAACACAACAUCGUCGAUUCCUACUUCGCUUCCAGGUAUUGUUUUGAAAGCAGCUGAAAGUUUUGCAUUUACAAUAAUUAAACCAGUUCAAUCGCAUCUGAGCCAAAUAGUUGGUACAAUAGAUCAUGUUGUCGGAAAAAAGAAAAAUAUCAGACGACCGGAACAGGAUACACUGAAGCAAUUCUUAAAUGGAAAGAAUAUCCUGUCCAUUUUACAAGAUUUGAUUAAAGAUACAGGAACGCCAGAUGAUGAUAAAAACAAAAAGAUGUUACAAUCUUUAAUCAAGACCAGUAUUUUAACAAUAGAAGAUCUCAUUAAAACGCUCAAUCAAUCGUCCAGCAUAGAAACAGAUAAAAUCCAUGGGUUGCGAACAAAAUUAGCUACAAUCAUUCAUGAAUGCGAACCAUACUUGGUUGCUGAACAACUGAAAAAUAGCGAGGGUGACGCGAUGACAACUACAAUUGGUGAUGAUACUUAUAUCAAUCAAUUAACGAAUGAAAAAUUGAAAGCACUUUUAGAACAAAAAUUAUUGGAACUUGCUGAAAAGCAACGACAAAAAAUGUAUGAAGCAGUAAUUUUACAUCAGGAAAAAAUGUAUAAUCUAAUGCAGAAAAUAGCAGGCCUUAAUAUUCAACAUAUCGAUUAUAAUCAAUUAAUCGAUCUGCUUGAUCAGUCACAUUCACUAUUAUCUCAAAUCUCUGAACAAUGGAGUUACUUCGUAUCAUUUUUUAGUCAAAUUCAAACACGUGCGGAAGUCGAAGUACGAAUGAAUGUAGAAUACUUCAAUACAGCAGCUAACAGCGCUAAAAAUGGUUGGAGACGCAAACAAGAGCAAUCGGUGCAUAAACGACAACUAAAUACAAAAGCUAUUUCAUUAUAUCAAUGUUCGCAUAUUCUCUAUGCUAUGGCAAAUACAUACAUGGACAUAUCCGAAAAUUAUUUUAUACAUCAACUAGCCGGAUUGUCAAAACUAAUUUCCAUCAAAUCUGAUGAUGAACGAUCACGUGUUUUAAAACAAUUGGUUAGUGGUAAUAACCAAACCCAAGAGAAAAUACGUUUAUUAUCUAUUAAACGAAAUCGGGAUUAUGAUAAUCAAAUUCGAAUAGAAAAAGGAAAAUUGAAAGUAGUUUUAAGUCGAAUGAAGACAGGUAAAAUAGCAAAAGAACGAAAAAUAAUUAAAAGUGCUGUUCAAAUUUAUGAAAACCAGCAACUUGCAUCAUUGAAACAGGGGAACGCAGUACAACCACAAAGAGGUAUGAAAACUUUGCAUAUAGAUGCUCGUGAUAGUGCCAGCUUAAAAAUCAUAUAUGGAGAGUCAUAG